CCCAGGAACUUUGACGCAAUUUGCAAAUGGCCGUGAAAAGGAUCGAGCUCCAGGGUGUAUGAAAUACUAAAUGGUGGAUUUGUCCGUGUUAAAAACUUGUGAAUAAUUCUUGGUUCAGUGUAGUGACGUUUAAAAAAAGACAAAAUGUGCCAAAAAAAUAGAAUCCUGUUGUAAUAGUGGUAUUUGAAGCGCCACAGGACUGCUGCUGGAAUAGUCGAAGAUACUGCUGAUUGUGGGUUGUGUGGUGUUUGCGCGGCUGUGGUCUCGUGGUGGUGUGUGAGCGCGUGUGGCAACGCGUGUGGCAAACGGAGUGUGGCAUAGCGCGUAGCAGCCAUGAACGAACUUGACAGCCUGCGCCAGGAGGCGGAGACCCUUAAGAAUGCGAUACGAGAUGCGCGGAAGGCGGCGUGCGACACGUCGCUCGCGCAGGCGACUGCCAACCUGGAGCCCAUCGGCCGUAUCCAGAUGCGUACGCGACGGACCCUGCGCGGUCACCUCGCUAAGAUAUAUGCUAUGCAUUGGGGAAGCGACUCCAGGAACCUGGUGUCCGCUAGCCAGGACGGCAAGCUGAUUGUGUGGGACAGCCACACAACCAACAAGGUGCAUGCCAUCCCGCUGCGUUCCUCCUGGGUCAUGACUUGCGCCUACGCGCCUUCAGGCUCCUACGUCGCUUGUGGUGGACUUGAUAACAUCUGCUCCAUCUAUAGCCUGAAGACUCGUGAGGGCAAUGUGCGCGUGUCCCGCGAGCUGCCCGGACACUCGGGCUACCUGUCCUGCUGCCGCUUCCUCGAUGACAACCAGAUCCUCACCAGCUCCGGGGACAUGACCUGCGCGCUGUGGGACAUCGAGACAGGGCAGCAGUGCGGCCAGUUCACCGGGCACACGGGCGACGUGAUGUCGCUGUCGCUGGCGCCGGACCAGCGCGCGUUCGUGUCGGGCGCCUGCGACGCCUCCGCCAAGCUGUGGGAUGUCCGCGACUGUCAGUGCAAACAGACAUUCCCGGGACACGAGAGCGACAUCAAUGCGGUUACGUUCUUCCCGUCCGGGUUCGCGUUCGCGACCGGCUCCGACGACGCGACGUGCCGCAUGUUCGACAUCCGCGCCGACCAGGAGCUGGCGAUGUACUCGCACGACAACAUCAUCUGCGGCAUCACGUCCGUCGCCUUCAGCAAGUCGGGCCGCCUGCUGCUCGCCGGCUACGACGACUUCAACUGCAACGUGUGGGACUCCAUGAAGAGCGAGCGCGCCGGUAUCCUGGCCGGGCACGACAACCGCGUGUCGUGCCUGGGCGUCACCGAGAACGGGAUGGCGGUCGCCACCGGCUCCUGGGACUCGUUCCUGCGCAUCUGGAACUAAGCCCCCACCCGCCCCGCGCCCCGCGCCCCGCACUCCGCAACACAACAUGGCGGCGCAAUAUCUUAUUUAAAUCCGUCGCCAUCGCGCGCAUUGUUUAAUAUUUCUAUAGUUUUUUACGCGGCGUGUUAGCGGGACGUAUAAACGCUUUAUCCUAUGUGAAUAUUUUUGUUCCGUUACCACUCAUUUCCGAUUAUAAUUGCUUUUUUAUCACAAAGCGAUUGUGUCGGGGAGCGUAUGCUUGUUUCCGAAACGAUAUCCGGAUACUGAACCUAUUUUCGCUUUAUUUAUUUAAUAAUAGUUGAUAAUCUCUUAACAAUGGAAGCAUUUAGUACCGGUAAGCGAGGGAUGGCGUGACUGGUUGUAUGUUCUGAAUAUAUAUAUGUAAUUAUUCGUGUUAAAUUUAAAUAUUGAUUAGCGUUAGCACUGGAGGCUUCUCCGCGAACUGUCGAAAUGUUUCUGUUACUUGAUGAGCACAGCGCACUGCAUACUAUAUCUAAAAUU